AUGUAUUUUUACGAAAUUCCUGGAGUCGGCGAUAUUUGCAGCUUUGCAAUGCUUGAUGUUAAUCGUCAUGGCCAUCCAUUUUGGCAUCCUGCUGGCAGUCUUGGGGCUUCUGCUAAUGAUGGUCCUGAGCCGCAAGUAAAGGGCGACGUCGAAACCGAAGUGGCCGUUGAUGAAGAGUAUGACGACAUUCGUAAUGCCGGCGAAAGUGGUGAUAGUCGUAAAGGCGAAGAGCAGGGACCAUGGAAGACUGACAGAAUUUUAGUAGAUCCUGCUCAUGACCGCAAGCCUAAGCUACCCAGUUCGACGGGUGCUCACAUGUCUACUAGGUUUGCGACGCCUGAUCCAGAUGGCCCUGGACGGACGGGAUCAGAAAGGGUGGUAUCACGUGAUGUGGAGCAGCAGGAGGAUGAUGAGGAAAUGGUUCAUUCGGCCUCCGCCAUUGGCGGCAAAACAGAGUUAAGUCUUAUGCAUUUCCAUUUAACAAACCCAAGUUGGCAGUUGCCUCCCGACAGUCGUGCUUAUCUUUGGGCUGUCCGCAGCCAGGCCCUCAACGAACUUCAGCAACAUCAACAACAGUUCAAUUUGACCCCUGGCAUAUCAUCUGCCGCAGCCUCUCCAUAUGGAGUCGGAGGGGUGUCCUUAGGAGCAUCAAACUGCUUGUUCUCUUCUCUCUAUUCCAAUCCACAGCAGCAUCAACCACAGCACUUAGCUUUGCCGCGUCACCUGAACUCGACUCCGGUUAAUAUGACUUCCUCACUGAAUGGUCUCGAGACUUGUGAACCUUUGCGGCGCAAUAUAGCCCAUCUUCCUGGAUAUGGGCAUCCGGAUCCUAACGGCUGUGGUUUUGCUGGGGCUAUAGCUGAAUCGAUCGUCGCCAGCAUAUCAACCUCAUUAACACGGUCUCGCCUCUCCCCCAAUACCUCAGUUUACCGUUCCAUCUCGGCCGACCCAGUUCUUCGACCUCCGUCAGGUACUGCUGCUACAACCUCAGUUUCCACCGUCACCAAAGAUACAGAGCCUAGACUUGAUCCAGUUAAUCGGGAGGAGGGUUGGGCGCCCCUGGCAGGAGAUGUAUCAUUGCCUUCGCAGACGAUUAGGCCAAUUUUGACGGCCUCAAUGACUGCCUCAUCCAACUGGCAAUUUCAGCAACAGCAGAUGAUGCUUACUGCCGUCGCAGCUAGUGCCUAUCAGCCUUACGUAUCGCAGACGGAGGAACCUUCUAUGAGCAUUUGGAACAGUCUGGAGCUAGGAACGCUUGCGGCUAGUCUUGGCAAGAUGAACUGUAUAUUUAUCUCUUCUCUACUGUUCUCACUCUUUGGAAAGGCUCUAAUUUAUUCAAACUUUUCCAAUAACAUUUCUAUUGUUAUGUAUACUUUACAUAGUUAUUUGUGCCAAUCUCCAAUCCUUGGAUUACUAAUAGUACUUAAAAACGCAGUCUUUAUUCUUCAUUGA